AUGAUUAUCACGGAAGACACCAUAAAUUUAUUCACUUUUGCAGAACUUUUAACUUAUGGCGAAGUACAGAGAAACGGUGCUGCUGCUGUUAGAAAAUAUCGAGAAAAAAUUUCUAACUGAAGAAUACCAAAUCGUAAAACGUUUGAGGCCAUUGAAAGACGCCUUUGGGAUAAUGGCACGCUGAAACCGAUACGAGUAAAUGCCGAAGAUAUUCCGCUUGGUAUUAGGCGAAGGCUAUGGUUUAUGCCUGACGGUGCUCCAGCUCCCUUUUCUAAUAGUGUCACUGAUUAUUUAAAUGCAACUUACGGAGACCGAUG